AUGGCCAGUGGGGAUAACCAGUUACCGGAGGGCGCAUUGCUCGGGAUGUGCAACCCUCUUCUAGAUAUUCAGGCUAAUGUCGGGUUGGAUCUGUUAGAAAAAUACGGUCUAAAACAGAACGAUGCUAUUUUGGCAGAGGACAAGCAUCUUCCUUUGUAAGUUCUACUGCAUUUAACAAUAAAUAACAGAUUCGAUGAGCUCACCCAAAAUUACAAAGUUACUUAUGUUCCCGGUGGGGCCAAUCAGAAUGCAUUCCGUGUUUUCCAGGUAUGAUUUUGUCUUGAAAGCCUUUAUUCGAUCGCCGUAUGUAAUUUUGUAUUGGUUUUAGUGGAUUGUUGGACAGCCUAACAGGUCUGUUUUCUUCGGCGCGGUUGGUGAUGAUGAAUAUGGAAGGAUCUUAGCUGAGAAGGCAAGAGAAGCCGGAGUCAAUGUACAAUAUCAAAUCAAUAAAGAAAUCAAGACCGGAACGUGCGCGGCCUUAGUAUACAAGCAUCAUCGAUCGUUAUGCGCUCAUCUUGCGGCGGCAAAUACUUUCACAAUUGAUCAUCUUCUCAAGCCUCAAAGUCAGGAACUGAUUAAGAACGCUCUCUACUAUGCGAUCUCUGUAGGUCCAGUUAUUCUAACUUCUUACUUCUUUCCAGGGAUUCUUUAUCACUGUUUGUCCCGAGGGUAUUCUUCACAUUGCUGAGCAUGCAGCCAAGGAGAACAAGCUGUUUUGCCAGAACUUGAGCGCUCCUUUCGUUCCUAUUUGUUUCAAGGAGAGCUUAGACAAGAUUAUUCCAUAUGUCGAUCUCUUGUUUUGCAAUGAAUCUGAGAUUGAAGCAUACGCCCAAGCCCAUGAUUAUGGAACUAAGGAUAUCAAGGAUAUUGCUAGGAGGCUUGUGAAGGAAGAGAAGGUAAAAUAACGUGGAUACAUUAAGAAUGAUUGUUGUAGGUGAACAAACAAAGAAGUCGAAUUUUGGUGGUGACUCAAGGACAUGAUCCGGUGAUUGUUAUCCAAAACGAUGAGCUUAAAGAAUACCCGGUUCCUGAACUGCCAAAGGAGAAAAUUGUGGAUACCACUGGCGCUGGUGAUGCUUUCUGUGGCGGAUUCUUGGCCCUUUAUCUACAAGGAAAGUCGAUAGAAGAUAGCGUAAACUGUGGAAUUUGGGCUGCUGCCCAUGUCAUUGCUAGGGAAGGGUGUGUAUUCCCCGUUGAUGUUAAGUAUAAAACUGUUUAA